UUUGUUAUCGAGUGCGCUCUAGUAACGGAAAUCUUUGAACUAAUAUUUUAAAAGAAAAUCUUUGAGUUUCACAACUGCUGCUGCCAUCUAAUGGCACACAUGUUUGUGUAGUGUUUGAGAAAGUUAAGGAAUAACUAAAAAGCUAUCUUCGUGUGGAGACUCUGUGCGUUUACGUUCAGUUUUCUUGAUCGUCUUUUUUUGUGUGUGGUUAAUUGCUGUGAUCAAAAUGGCAUUAAAUCCUGCAUACGAAGCGAUCGGGAAGGGUUUUGUUGCCCAGUACUAUGCUCUUUUCGAUGAUCCAGCUCAGCGGCCCAAUCUGAUUAACAUGUACAACAUAUAUGCAGAGCCUUGUCUAAUGUGAUGGACUGCACACUGGCAAUGCUGUCCCCCUGCCACAGCAAUCUGUCAGUGACUAAGUUAUUUUAAUCAGGUUAUAACAAAAAUGGAGGAACCUAAGCAAGUGACUGAGACAUCUUUCAUGACUUUCGAAGGGCUGCAAAUACAAGGUGCUGUCAAAAUAAUGGAAAAGCUAACAAGUUUGGCAUUCCAAAAGAUAAACCGAAUUAUUACAGCUGUUGACUCUCAACCAAUGUUUGAUGGUGGUGUAUUAAUAAAUGUCUUGGGAAGAUUACAGUGUGACGAAGACCCGCCUCACGCCUAUUCACAAGUGUUUGUGCUGAAGCCAGUGGGAAAUUCUUUUUACUGCCAACAUGAUAUAUUCCGUCUGAGCAUCCAUGACAGCGCCUGAUGGACACUGCCAAAUGUGGGACAGCAACAUGCCAAACCUGUGCCGCACUGCCGGUAUGGGGUGUGAUACAGACAUUUGUAUCUGGACAUUGACCACGUGGUUUCGAAUAAGUUACGUGUCACCUGUUACUCGGCCGUUAAAAAUUUAUGAAAAACAUUGUUAAGUUUACUUCAGCGAGUCAUGCUUUUGCAGCUUAACUGUGUCCGGAACCACAUGGUUAUCAGCUUUGUUUUCCUCAGUCUGUUAAUUUCAUUAACGUUGAAAUUUUCUGUGUAACUCAUGUUAAUUGAUAAAGAUUGUAUGCAACACGUAAGUUUGUAAUCCGCAAAUUUUAAAUAUAAAUUGUGCUUAAUGACACUCUGAAACUUAAUUGGACCCAGCCUUUAUUUUUCACUUUUUUGUGUUCAGAAAUUAAGAGACUGUGUUACUGUAUUCAGUCCUCAAAUUAAAAAAAAAGAGGAAGUGAUUUCUGUUGUGUUUUUAUAUUGUAAUUAUCAUUCUCAACCAUUUUAAUAUUUUGGGGAAGUUAUUUGUUUGUAGCUUCAGAUAUCUGCUUAGUGAUUUUUAAUAGUGUAUUCACCUUUAGUUUAAUCAUUCUUCAGUAUGUCGUUUAAAAUAUUUAAAAACAGUGGAGUAUCCUUUUGCAUAGUGCUUAUGCAUAACAUUGGAAGAUUUGUAAUUUGUAGAGACGAGAUACGCCAGACAGCUCCCAUGGCUGUGAAAGUACAUUUAGCACUUCAUUAUAUUGAGCUAUAGCACUUUGCCUCAUUUGGACUGAAUAAAUACGUACUGUGAUACUUGUAA